AGGCUGCAACCAUAAAACAGCUGGACGCAGCAUCUGUGCACGCAUCAGCCGCAGAAGAAGAUUUCUCUCCUCUGUUCAUCGGGUGAGGCAAGCUCGUGUGUUUUUUUUAAUCUCUGUUAUUAUUUUAGAGGUAAAUAAAGGUCUAUUAGAGAGGAAUGCUGACCAGGAUUCUGAUUGAUAUGAUCCUGACACACUCGCCAGCCACCAGAGGCUUCUUGUGAAGGCUUGUAUUCGACUUGGACUCCAUAUCACUUGCAAAAACACGCACAAUGCCUGAGAAGACAAAAUAUAACCUGGUGGAUGACAGUGAUGACAGCUUCCAGUGCGGCAUCGCGUUCCAGGUGAAGUUUAUUGGCACUUUGGAUAUUGUGCGUCCCCAAAGCAGGCUGGACAUCCUGGCAGCCAUGAGAAGGGUCCGGUAUGAGUUCAAAGUGAAGAACAUCAAGAAGAUGAAAGUCAGCCUGGUCGUUGCAGUGGAUGGUGUCAAAGUGGUGUUGCAUAAGAAAAAAAAGAAAAAUGCAUACAGCUGGGAUGAAAGUCAUGUCACAUUGGCACAGGAUCCCAUUUACAGAAUAUUCUAUGUCUCCCAUGACUCCCAAGACCUUAAAAUCUUCAGUUAUAUUGCAAAAGAUAAGAAGAGCAAUGUGUUCCGCUGCAACGUGUUCAAAUCCAAGAGAAAGAGUCAAGCUAUGAGAAUUGUGCAGACAGUCGGCCAGGCAUUUGAGGUUUGUCAUAAACAGAGCAUGGACACUGUGGAUGAAUGGUUGGUGAAGUGCGAGGAGGAGAGAGCAGAGGAGGAGGACACUCCAGAUGCUGAUACCAACCCAGAGGAGACAAUGCAGAAUACAGAUAGCUCUGAAGAUGCCGUGGUGGAAAUAGAGCCAUCAGGACUGCUGUCUCCGGUCCCAGAGCGCCUGUCACUGAACCACCGGGUCCAGCUCCUGAAGAAACAGCUCAAACAGCAGGAACAGAAAAGCCAGGCUGCUUCAUCACAGGCCGCCCUGCUCCAGCAGCAGCUGUGUUUGGAGACGCAGGCAAGGACAGAGGCUCAGGUCCGAGCUCAGCAGCUCCUGCAGCAGAACGGCGAGCUCCUACAGCACCUCUCCAUGCUGAUCAAACACAUUCAGGAGCUGGAGCUCCGCACACACUCGUCCUCCUCCACCAGUGAGCUUUCACCAUUGGGAUCUCAGGACAGCCUGUUGGAGAUCGCCCUGAGAGACAACGUUCCUCGCUUCUCCCCCUUGAAGAAGCCUAACGUGGUGCGUCUGGAUCCGUUCGGCUUCUUUCCAGAGCCAUCGGACAGUGAAAAGAAGCCAGAGCAUGACCGGGAUUCAGGCCAGGGUCCAGACGAAGAGCAAAGUGAGAGUUCUCCUACUGAGGCUCACUUCUUCUGCACGUUGGAGCUUCCUGGGUUCAGGGAAUCGGGUAUCGCAUCCGGAUAUGAAUCCAAUACGGAUGAGAGUGAUGAUAGGGAGAGCUGGGGCCAAUAAGCAAUUGAGUAUUGAAGAUCUGUAAGCAGUGCUGGAGAUGUAAUUAAGCUCCUGAUGUUUGAGAGUUAUGAGAGUAUGGAUUCAAUUCAAUUCAAAUGGAGAUUAGGAGUGAGGCGGCCAGUAACUAAGAAGAAUAAUUAAGAGAUAAACUUUGUGUUGGAGGGACUGUUUUUGUAUGAGGGUGAUGAAAUUAUGAAUGACACAGUCCCAGUAUACACUAUGUUCCUAAUGAAGUUCAUUUUAGAGUAUAUUACUUGUGGAAAUAAUCAUCCGUCUGUAAUGCACUGUAGCGUUAAUUUAGCAAGAAUGAACAAACGCAUACAUGCCCUUUAAUAAACAUUAAGAAUUUGAAUAACUGAUAAAGAAUUAUCAAGAUGAGGAGAGACGAUCAGGAGAGGUCAGGGGCAGGAAGAAGUUAGGAAGAAAAUAUUCUUUUAUAACUCUUUUAACAAGACCUGCUUAUUCAACUGUUAUCGUAGAUACUUAAAGCACUGUGCUCAUCCGGCAUCAUCACUGUGUGACAGAAAACAAAACAAGAAGACAAUGGACAAUAGUCAUGUGAUCAUUUAAAGCUUUUGGUCUGACUCUGCUGUUACUGUGAUGCUAAUAUGCUGAGCUUCCAUGAUGUCUACAAUGGACCUGUACCUGCACUACUUGCACUGUGUGAAUUUUGUUCCGCUUGACUGUAAGACAGACGUUCAUCACAUCUGGCAUUUCUGCAUCUGUAUGAUAUGAAAAAUCAGUUGUACCCAUUUGGCCAAAAAUGGCACAGGUUUAUUGUGCAUAUCCACAGGAUCCACGGACAAUUCAAGAAAUCCUGGGACUUAUAAAUACAAGGCUAAGACUCGUUUAAGACACUGUAAAAUGUUCCAGAUCCCAGAUUUCCUCUUUUACUGGUUUGAGCCCAUAAUGUAGAAAAAUUUAUAUUGGUAUACAGUACCUUCAACCUGCACACAGGUGUCCAAUAUAACGCCUGGGGAUUGACAUGAUGUUUGUACUGCACUGUGGGAUUUAUCUGCCAUAUUGUAUGCAAACACUUUUUUGUUUGGUUAUAACAAAUAACAGUGGCUUAAGGAGAAUGCAAAAGCACCAACAUAUGCACACUGCACAUCUAAAUCAUCACACACCAACCUUUAAAGACUGAAAAUGGCUCACAAAUUCCACAUAUACAUAAACUGUUUCGAUUUAAGGUGCCACCAUUCAAAAGCAUUACAAAAACCAGUAACAUUCAUAGAAUCUUACAGAUACCAUCAAAAAACCGUGAUUUGUAGUAUUGCUAGGUAAUGGAUCUGACUAGCUGCUUUGUUUUAGGUUUGUGUUUAUUGCAGAUGCAGUUCACCUUGCUGCCAACAGGGGGGCUGUUUAAAAAAAAAAAAGUAUCACAAACAGCUCCUUGAAACGUUCCAGGUGAUGUGUGUUGGUAUAUCUGUAAACUUCUGGCAAAUCCAGUCUGUCAUCGAAGUGUUGCAUGAGUGCAUAUUUCACCUACUUCUCCUUAUUGUCCUAUUCGGCUUUUUCAUGAGUAAUGUGUCCUGAGUUAUUAGUUAUUACUAUUACUGCCAUGUUUAGCUAUGGCUCUGUUUGAGGUCGUGUUUAUUUGUGGCUUUCUCGAUAUACUUUCAGAGUGAGAUUUAUCAGCCUGUGCCGUGAUUGUAUUACAUGGAUAUUAAUUACGAGUAAGAACAUGUAAUGACAAAGACAAGCAGCGAUUUUAGAAUUCGAAUUUCUUUCAGUCCUGUCAUUUAACCCUGCAUUCAUCUCGAUUUGCUACACUAGAGUGACUAGAAUGUAGCAAAAUGUAAAUCGCGACAGGUCUAAAUGCAGAGUGAUGACGUUUAAAAUGUUUUAAAACUGUUUGAACACUAUUAUCAAAUCCAUACAGUUUGAAAAUACCUAGAAUUUUUUUUUGCUUUUCAGUUUCCAUUUAUUAAAGCUACUC